CCAACGUUUAUUAUAUUUUAUAUCUGUGCCAUAGAUAAAAGAUAAAUGAUCUGUGAUACAUAAUGUAAUAAAGAUAUCUUACUAUCUUAGGACUUAAGAGUUAAGACACGUUGACUAAGGACAUUUUUAUAGUUUAUAUGUCUGUAGUCUGGAACUCCGGUAUUAAGAUUCACCAAACAAGUAUCAACUGUAUAGUAGUGUAGUUAAAAACUUUCGAGUUUGAACCGUUGUUAUGAUAAAGAUCAGAGUAGACUUAAUUUGAAAAUUUUGUCCUUUUACGUUACGAUAAUUGAUAAAAUAUAUACCUAUGCAGCUACACAUGUCCAAUGUUGUAGGUAUAAAUUGUGAAAAAUCAUCAGUGUUCGCCGUAAACUGUAGUUCUUAUUGAUGUUUUAAGACUAGAACAAUAAUAGAGAAUGCAAUGAGUAAAGAAAAGAUUUCGGAUAGUGUAUCUGUACUUAUUGAACUUAUAGAAGUGUCUAUUCAUUGUAUACUGUACGCAAGAAAAAUAUAUCCUGAAGGUAUUUUUGAACUAAAAAAGAAAUACAAUGUACCUGUGCAUGUUUCUAUUUAUCCAAAGUUGAAUUCCUAUAUAAACGGUACACUCAAUGCUGUCAAAAGUUUAUUGAAAUUAAAAAAAUUGUGCAGAUUGGAUGUUUGUUUUUAUAACAAGAUUGGAGUUGUAGUUGAACGUUUCGUAUUCAACAUUCGUAAUGUUGAACUUGAAUUGAAUUUAUCAGAUUUUUCGAAUUUAAGAGAUCCAUAUUUAAUAAAGUUAGAACAAAUGUUGAGAGCUUUCUGUUUAAAACUAACAGUUAGUGAUUCUCUGUUGAAGCCUUUACCUUCAAGUUGUACAUUUCAGAUUCACAUCCAUACAACUGAAACAACAUUCAUUGAAAUUCAAAAGGAUUCAGAAGAAUUUCCAUUAAUACCUAGUGAAAAAAAAGAUACAAUUUUAACAUCACCUGCAAUAGUGCCAAUGCGUAGUAUUGACUGUGAACAUUUAAAUUUAGAAAUCUAUGCUGAAGAAGGAAAUAAGGAUGAAGACCCAGAUUUAUUUACACCGAGUCCAUUAGUUUAAAUACACUCAAUAUCAAUGUUGAAUAUUUCAUUAGAAAUAUGUUGUUCCUGUAAAAACUAUGAAAUUAUACAGACCAGUAAAACUAUGUUAAAUUUCAUAUUCAAGUUAUUUAGUAAUAUAUUUUUUCUAUGAUUAUAUAUUUAUA